GAGAGAGAGAGAGAGUCCAGCGUGCUGCAACAACUCAGCUCGCAGCUGACGGAGCGGAGGAGCGGAGAGGGCGCAUGUGGCACGUCGCAGCUGGUUUGGCUUGUGUGCAUGGAUGUAAAACAGCCAUCCUCUCUCUCUCUCUCUCUCUCUCUCUCUCUCUCUCUCUCUCUCAGCGGAUGCACAGAUGAUGACAGGACGCCGGGCUAAUUAACGGGGAAGGAGAGAGCUGCUGGCACCCAUCACAGUGUCACUGUGCCGGCGGUAUGGACGGGCUGCAGGCGGAGAACGCCGGAGUUGGCGACCUCGGGCAGAACGCGGAGGAGCGGUACCGCGCUCUCGCCUAUGACACCGCUCUGAGCACCCUGCUGGCGGUGGUCGUGUACGUGGCGGUGAAAGUGAGCCUGGACGGCAUCAGGCAGUGGCGGGCCAGGAUCUCGGUGCUCAUCGUGGGUUCGGGACCCGUGGGGCUGACGGCCGCGCUGGUCGCUGUCCGCUCCGGUAAGGUGCUGAAGCUGACCGUGCUGGACGAGAGGUACCGGACCGCCCUGCUCUGCCGGCCCCAGCAGAUCGCGCUGGAUCCCCGCAGCGUGAAGUUUCUGCUGGGACUCGGGGUGGACUUUGACAACAUGGAGGGCUGCUGGCACAACGAGCAUUUCUUCACCAGGAUAGGGGUGUUCCAGGAGUACCUGCUGAGCAUCCUGGAGCAGAAGAAACAGAAGGUGGAUGUCAAGGUGCAGCUGGGGACCAAGUUUACGGAGGAAUACCUGCGGCGGAUCCCACAGAAUAACUGGCCACGUGUGAUCGUGGUGGCUGACGGGUCGUGUGGCGACUCCUGCUCGGUGCUGGGCAUCAGCUCUGACUACACUGUGGAGUCCUGCCAUGCCUAUGGAGCUAACGCUACUAUAGAGAGACUAGACCAGAGACAGGUACCCACGCCUGAGAUCCGUGCCCACAGCCUCUUCUUCGACCUGUCCGCUUACGGAGUGGAGGCCCUCCGAGAGCACCGAAACCACACGUCCAAACCCGGCUUCCACCUGAAGAUCUACGGCACCUUCAGGAACCGCUACAUGGCCCUCGCCUGCCCCGCCUCUGACACCAAGAUGGUCCGCUUCCUCAGGCACACGGCCAACUCCUCUAUCAUGAAGAACAUCUUCCACCAGUCCUUUAACGCCUACAAGACGGACAUAGAGCCUCGUCUCAGCGACCCGACGCUGCACCACAUGCAGUGCAGCCGUCGCCUCUUCGAGAUCCAGCUGUCCCACAGACGCAUCAGCGCCGCCUACAUAGAGGGGGACAACGUGGCGGUCACUGUGGAGGGGGAGGCGGCGCGCGUCCUCAACUUCGACACAGGUUGCGGGGUGAAUCUAGGCAUGCGUGGCCUGGAGUCAAUGGGGACGUUCAUUUACCGGACAGCCACCGCCGUGGACCAGAACGAUAUUCUCGAGGCGCUGUCAGCUAAGAUGCAGCACUCCCGACAGGUGGCUGAGACCUUCAAGCAGACGGGCCUGGCUGAAUCAAUGUAUGAAUGAAACAGAGGGACGAGCUUGUGAAUGCAUAAUGCCACCUGGUGGAUUGUUUGUGUUUACGGUGAAUGUUUACAGUGACUCAUGGAUGUGAUGCUGGAGGGUGGACCCCUGGUGCUCACGCACUGAGGGGAGCUGAACUGAGCAUGAACUGUGAACAGAUGGAGAAUGGAUGUAAACAUGUGACCAUAAAGCUUUGUGGCACACAGGGACUGGAUGUACUACACAUUCAGUACAAGGCAUUUGAAGAUGCUCAGAUUUCCAGGUUUGCAGGAAGAGAUCUAUAAUCUCCUACAGCUGCAACGAAACAAAGCAGGGCGACUGCUAAUGCACUGCACUUUGGAUUAAGAUUCCUCUGAGCGGUGUGAGAAUGUGGCAGGAGUAUUUGGAUUAAGUGAAAGCUCUGUGACCUUUAACAUUUUCAUCACCGUCGUCUUCUCUAGUCGCUCGGGAAAGAAUCGACUUGAUUUCAGAAAAAUCCAGUCGAUUGUGCUCUCUGGUCGUCACAUCAGGCGGAAACGAGGCUUUGCUGCAGCGUCGUCCGCUAGAAAUGUAUAAAACUGUUAUCGUCAGUGGUCCAGCAGAGGAUGAAGAGAGGAGGCAGCUGCUCCAAAGUGUUAUCAUCAAGCCUUUUUGUCUUUGUGUUUGUUUGACAAUGUGGUGAUAAUUGCGCUGAUGACGUUCUGAAGUAAUUGCUAGAUUGGCCUUUUUGUGUGUGUGUGCUGCCUUGUGAAUCAAGAUGGUUUUUGUGGGGUUUUUUUGUUUUUUUUUCUGGCAUAUUUAAAAAGAAAAAAAAGAAAAAAAGAAACAGUGUUGUGGGGCACUGCAGCUGGGUUAUGGGCCAAGUGUCGCAUUAGAAGUUCAGCUUGCUGCUGUCACAAAAGGACUAAAGUAUCGUGGCUAAAGGUUGAUUAUUUCAGACUGAAGGCUCAGAGACGCUGAUGAUGUCCUGCUUCUGUUAACGUGCCAAUAAAGAAGGUGAUUUGUCAGUGAUGUGGAUCGUCUCUACAUGAAACCCCCCUUUUUUUCUAUUUGUGUGAUUAGAAAUUCAGUGCAAUUCAAUAAAAGAACAAAAGCAACAUAAAUGCAGAUGCUAGUCAGGACUAUUACAAGAUGUAUUUAUAUUAUUGACUGAACUUGUGUGUGCACUUGUGUUGGCUAAAGAAUAUAUGAUUGAGGACAGUGUUUUAAUUUAUUAAACUUUAAGUGUAAUUUAAGAGAAAAUGAUGACAUCCUUCAAAAGAAGACUGAUCUGUUCCAUCAGUCUCUAACUGCUCUGGAUCUUUCUUCAGAUCUUUCUCCUCUUUUUUUACAAACUGCUGUGUAAAACAUUUCUCCCACUGUCGUUUCCACACUGGCUGAACUGAGGCAGUGCUGCCCUCUGGUGGUGAAGCCUGUCUGUUGCAUCCUCUUAGUCUUAAACUUGAACUUUUAACCUCCUUGCAAAAUCCUGUUUUGGUCAGUAGGAUGAUUCACUCAGUAUUGAAUGUAUAAAAGCAGUUGACCCCUCAAAGAUGUCAAAGAGACACAGUGUCUCUCUCUAGUAAGUACUUUGAAGAAUUUUCUAGAAAUAUAAAUAGUCCUUU